CUUUCCGCUUUUAUUUUUUUGCAUACAAAAUACCUUUUUUUACUCGUCCGAAUACAAAUAUCGCCUCUAUCUGCAAUAUGAAUACUGAUAUGAACAGCGCCCGGGCUGCCGUUUGGUACGCCGUCGCCCAGCUGUGCGACGAAGAUGAGUCGAAAACAGGCACAAAGUUCUCACCGACAUUUGUCGAUGCCCUGAGCCACGUCGUAUUCUCGCAAGCAGAAACCAUGGGCGCGGAUCUCGAAUGCUUUGCAAAGCACGCUAAGCGGGCAAAGAUCUCCGUGGACGACGUAAAGCUGUGCGCACGCAGGAACGAACAUUUGCUCGAGCUUCUUGCUGGCAAGGCCGAGCCCGGCAAAGCAAGCACCAAGAACGCCCAGAGCGCCCAGCAUACCACUGACAACGAGAGGUCAUAAUCAUAAUCAAUUUCAUUUUUAAAAUUAAGAUUAAAAGUUAAUUCUGCCACGGCAGAUAUUCGA